GAACGGCACCUACUGUGCCGAGAAAAACAGGGGACAGCUCUCGCCUCGUCUUCACAGGUGAAAGAGGCCCCGGCGACGGGGAUCGUGCUGCCGCGGGUGCUGAGAGCUACCGAGGGAGGAGAGCGGCGAGGCCGAGCGCUCCCAUGGGCAGGGACCACCCCGGGUGCUGGAAUCCCUGCCAGCCCCGGGUAGCUCGGGGUGUCCGAGCGGCUGCGGGAGCUGCGCCUUUCCGCGUCUCCCAGCCGCCGACGGCUGUGGCGCCGGGGCGGGCGGGGGCAUGGCGGAGCAGGCAGGAGGCCCAGUGGUCCCCGUGGCGGACGAGCUGGCCAACGCUGCUGCCCGCGGAGACCUGCAGCGCUUGAAGGAGCUUCUGGACGGCGCGACUGACCCCAACACCAUCGAUUCCUACGGCAGGACCCCCAUCCAGGUGAUGAUGCUAGGCAGCCCACGGGUGUCCGAGCUGCUACUGCAGCGCGGAGCCGACCCCAACCACCCUCACCCACGCACCGGCUGCUUCCCGGUCGACGACGUAGCUCGCUCCGGCUUCCUGGAGACGCUGGCAACCCUGCACCGCGCUGGCGCCCGCCUCAACCUGUCCGACGGCAGUGGCCUCCUUCCCCUCGUCGUGGCAGCGGGAGGUCCGCACGGACCGGUGGACUGCUCCCUGCGGCACCCGCCGUCCUUCCCCAACGAGCCUCAUUACCAUCCUCCCCUUUUUGGCCGCUCCCCUAAUUUGUUGCCCUCCAGCGCGAGACAUGAAGCCGAGGAGCGCGCAGGCGCUAUGAACGUAUCGCGUAUCUCAGCCGGGAUGCACGAAGGAGAUGCGGGAUAUAUAUAAUAAUAUGGUUUUGCAUGCUAUACUUUGCACAUGUCCCUGCACUAGAAACCCUGAGCCCCCUCCACACACACAUACACACACGCCUUUUCAUUUUGGUAUGGGGUUUUUGUGGGGUUGUUUUGUUUUGUUUUGUUCUCGUGUCUGUACGAGUUUUGUUUGCUGAGGGUGGGGUGUUGUUGGUUUUAUUUUUUAUUUUUUUCCCCACGCAACUGUCCAGAUACUGUGAAGUAAAUAAAUACGAAGGAUAAACCCAAUGCAGAAGUGGUUCAGUAAACCCAGUUUGAUAGCA